AUGGGUGAAUCCGAAGCUCCUCCCGCCGCCAACUACAUUCGCCUUCAGUCAAACGACAACGUUAAGAUCGAUGUCGAGAAGGCUGUUGCCGAGCGAUCACUCCUGAUCAAAAACAUGCUAGAGGAUCUUGGUCCUAACGCUGAGGGACAGACUAUUCCCAUCCCCAACGUGACCGAGCCUGUCCUCCGCAAGGUUAUUGAGUGGUGUGAACACCACCGCCACGAUCCCCCUGCCUCGAACGAGGACGAGUCCGAUAAUCGCAAGAAGACCACCGAUAUCGAUGAGUGGGACCAAAAGUUCAUGCAAGUGGACCAGGAAAUGCUCUUCGAGAUUAUCCUAGCCUCCAACUAUCUCGACAUCAAGGCAUUAUUGGACGUCGGAUGCAAGACUGUCGCCAAUAUGAUCAAGGGCAAAUCACCCGAGGAGAUUCGUAAAACGUUCAACAUCACGAACGAUUUUACCCCCGAGGAGGAAGAGCAGAUCCGCCGUGAGAACGAGUGGGCUGAGGAUCGAUAA